GUCCGUCCUCCUCAAGCCCCUCCCGCCUCAAGAAUAUCCUGUUACUAUGCCCCCGAAGAAAGGCACGAAGGCGCCCCGCGAAGAUGCCGCGGUCUCACUUGGCCCGCAGGUCGCGGAGGGCGAAUUGGUGUUCGGAGUUGCCCACAUCUUCGCGUCUUUCAACGACACCUUCGUGCACGUCACUGAUUUGUCGGGAAAGGAGACCAUCUCCCGUGUCACCGGUGGCAUGAAGGUUAAGGCCGACCGUGAUGAGUCCUCUCCCUACGCAGCCAUGCUUGCCGCGCAGGACGUUGCUGCCCGCUGCCGCGAAGUUGGUAUCACCGCUCUUCACGUCAAGCUGCGCGCGACCGGUGGAACCGGCACCAAGACCCCUGGCCCCGGCGCGCAGAGCGCCCUCCGCGCGUUGGCUCGUGCUGGCAUGCGUAUCGGUCGCAUUGAGGAUGUCACUCCCGUCCCCACUGAUUCGACCCGUCGCAAGGGUGGUCGCCGUGGUCGUCGGCUCUAGAUUCGCAUCAAAAGUGCCGCAUACGUCUGUUUAUGUCGCAUGUAUCUACGGUUGUGGUCAUGACACCAAUGUCGCUGCUCGACGCGCAUCAGGUUUCUUGCGAACCUGCCCCGCGGUCGUUCCAUUCUCAUGCUGCUUGUGCAAUCGUUCAUCAGUAUGCUGUGUCUUGUGCAGGUCGUGUGCGUAUGAAACGAGAACCACCAUCGAUUGGUCCAGUUCCGAUUCCGGCGCCAA